GCAACUCACUCAACGUUCAACGGUUCAACCCCCAUUCACCCCCCAAUCCCUAAAAGGCCCCGAGACACCUCUCUCUAUUUGCUGUCUGGGCCUCCCCCGCUAGCCUGGUCCGGUUCCACGAUGCAGUGGAUGCACCCUGUGAGCCACCCAACCACGCCGUGCCUGUCGCCAUGUCGGAUUUCCCUCAAUACCUGGCUAUGUACGAUGCGGCCGAUGCGGGGCCAUUCACCGCCGCCAUUCGCGCCGGCGGUCAUCACCAUCACGCCGUCCACCACCAGGCCCCGGUGACGAGCCACUAUGUUCCAUGCCCGUAAGUACGAGGACAAGGUUACAAAGGAUGGCACCACGGCGCGCAUGGUGCUCCUUUUUCUCCGCGAGCUCCUCGAGCAGCUCUCUGUGGAAGAGCGAAUUUAUCAGAGCUACAGCUGUCCCAUGACUAAGUGCCACAGGACUUUUGCGGCGCCGCUGCACGUCAUUCAGCACCUCUUGUCGUGCCCAGAGAUUCCCAACGGCGAGUUCAACUGCGACAAGUGUAGCACCAGCCACAGCUUCCCGACGAACGAGAAGGAUUGGACGCAAUGGACGGGGUGGAGGUCACCGCACUCCUCACAUGGAGGGAGUGUCCAACGGAAGCGGAGCUUGGGUUCGAAAAUGAAGGAGCUCGCUCUGUGGAAAAAAGAUUCGUUUCGAAAACACAAUGCUGCAUCCGACUCGCACUUCAAGAACUACCCUGCCACGGAUACGAGGCCGAGCACGGCGGCUUCUGAGGCGCCCAGCAUCAUUUUCACAGGCAGAGCCUCUCAACAUCAUGCUGCAUUCCAUGAGCAGCCUGGUCAAAGGCCCGGGUCGGAUUUUGCGAAUUUCCCGAAGCCCCUGCUGCCUUCUGGUCUUCCGGAAGUCGAUGGCAGCAUGUUCUGGCCCACGUUCCAUGCCAGUUCCUCCGACCUGCCCUCUACGGUGUCGUCAAUCGCACUGUCGUCAACGGUUGAUGACGGCCCGUCCUCCCGUUUCUCACAAAACACCUCGCGGAGCACUCUAUUUACUACCAACUUGGAUCAGCCGCAGGCUCCGACGCAGUCGACACAAGACUGCAAUACUGUCUCAGCCUCGCAACAACAAUACGUCUUUCCUCCACAGCUGCCCUUCAACGCGGGUUUGGCCGCGUUGCAAAGGCAAGCACCACCAACCUCGGCCAUGCGGAUAGAGGAGCAGGUCUCGCAUGCUCAAAGCCCUUUACCGCCGACGGAAUUGCGCUCGGCAGCUCCGAACGAUCAUGGGUGGUGGGAUCCAAAGGUAGGAAUCGAAACACCUCGGGCCACUCCGCCCGCAUCCGGACCAGAACCUGGCUUCCCACGUCAAGCCAGGAUGUUGAGCAGCCUCGGCGCUGGUGUCAGCAGCGACAUGUCAAGUCCAACCUCGCCUGGUACAGCCGCGUCCCCGUACUACCCGCUCCAGUCAACCUCGACGCAUUCCAUGUCCCGAGCACUGAGCCAGGAAUCCAUGCAGAACGGCAUGAAUACCGUCUUUGGGACGCCAGUCUCAGAAAGAAGCGGGCUCGGGGCUCUGUCGCUGCAUGCUGACACGAGCCAGCCGUCGUCCUCAGCUCCAGGUCAACAAUCUCCGGAAGACCCAACCGAGGAUCUCGUCUGCGACGAAUGCCAGUGGAAGCCACGGGGUGUACGGGAGAACCUGAAAGGCUAUCUCCGCAAGCACAAGAACACACACAAGGGUGUGCGCCUGGCUUGUGAUGUGCCGGGCUGCGUCAAGACGUUCAGCCGGCUGGACAACCUAAAGAAGCACAAGAAAGAGAAGCAUGGCAUCGAAGACAUGGGCGGCUCGGUGCCGGCGAAGCGGAUGGCUGGCGAUGUUGGAGAGUCCGUUAAAGAAGAGGAGGAGGCGGAGUCCAAGCAGCCAGGCAGCGUUGUGGGUUCUGAUUUCAGGGCGGUUACGGAGGAUCACUCGAUGACGCUAUGGCCGUCGUUGCAUUGCUAGGCGGCCGGGUGCAUGCAUGAAGCGGUUGAUUUCUACGAUGCUCUUGUUCAACACGAACGAGGACACUACGCGCUUGUCAGCGAAGAUUUCCUUUUCUGGUUUGUCUGUGCUAUAUCGGGACGAGUCGAGUCUGGUGGGCUGACUGACCAUCGGGCUGCGAAACGGGUCAUUUUCAAUGUGUUUUUUUCCAUGAUAUCCAUGCAUCUAUAUCUCAAAUACCCACACUAUACUCAGGGUCGGGUCUGAACCCUUUUAUUUUCAGCCAGAACAUAUCGGGUAUCCAGCAUUGAUUUUGCGUUGAACCAA